AUGGAAGUCAAGGUUGAAUUCACGGCAGAAACACCCUCUGAACGCCGCUGUCUCGCCCUGCUGGAGGAAACUGGCGUGCAGUUUGUCCAGACAGAGAGCGAGACAAAGAGCGAUCGCAACCUGAUCGGAUUCCUGGCUCUGCUGGUCGACAGCCUCCGACAAUCGGGGCUGACAGAGCUGACAGACCUGGCGAGCGCCUACGCGGAAGCCCUGCAUCGAUGCAUCGCCGCGUCCGACUUCGGCGGCUGGGGAUUCACCUCGUCGCAGUCCCUGUCGCCCGCUCAGGAGAAGGAAGUCAUCUUCCUCUGCUCGGCCCAUCUCGAGGCUCUCAACUCUGCUCGUCGGGCAUCUUCCGGUCUCCCACGCGUCCAGACUCAGCGUCCGGCGGGUCGGCGAGGGAUGACUGUCGCUGAGAAGAUCCUGGCCAUGCAUGAUGUCUCGCGAAGGGGGUUUGUCUCUCCGGGCGAGAUUAUUCAGGUGGACGUCGACUGGGUGAUUGCCUCGGAGCUUGCAUGGAAGAGCAUGGAAAACGUAUACAACGCCGUCGGUCGACCAGGGAUCUUCCGCAAUGACCGGUUCUGGCUGGCUGGCGACCACCGCGUCGAGCCAGAGCUGUAUGAGAAGCCCGCCAUCCGCGCCCUGAUGGACUGCAGCGAACGGGCAAAGGAGGAUUUCCGUCUGACGGACUUCCAGGGCUUCAACUACACCAUCCUGCAUACCGAGUUUGCACGCGAACGGGCCCAACCGGGGAUGCUGGUCAUCGGCGCAGACUCCCACACCUGCUCGGCGGGCUCCGUCAGUUGUCUGGCCGUGGGAAUGGGGGCAACAGACACCAUCAUGCCUCUUAUGACGGGCCAGACGUGGUUCAACGUCCCUGAAACAGUGCGUUUUCGCUUGAUCAACGCACCCCCCUUUGGUGUCGGGGGGAAGGAUAUCAUCUUGCAUAUUCUGCAGCACUUCAAGCGCAACACCAUCGCUGCCGACCGGGUGGUCGAGUUCUCGGGGCCCGGUCUGGCCUCACUCUCGUGUGACGCCCGCUUCGCCAUCGCCAACAUGUGCACCGAGUUUGGCGCCGUGUCGGGCAUCUUCGCCGCCGACGAACGCACGGCGCAGUUCGUCCAGCGAAGACGCAUCGCCAAACAUAAAUCUGCUGCCGUCUACUUCCAACCUGACGAGGACGCCGUGUACGCCGACUCGGUGGAGGUUGAUCUCGCCACCGUACAGGCCGGAGUCGCGUUGUAUCCCUCGCCCGACAACGUUGUCCCCGUCGGCCAAGCCACGGGCACCGCCCUCGACGGCUGCUUCAUCGGCGCCUGCACCACCGCCGAGGAGGAUCUCAUUCUAGCCGGUCUUGUGCUUGAGACUGGCUGGAAGCGCGGCUUCCGUCCCGUUCCGCAUGGUCGCCGUGUCAUGGUUCCCGGUUCGAGACCUAUCCGCCAUAAACUGGCCCAGCUGGGGCUCGUCGACGUCUACGAGAAGUGCGGCUUCAAGGUCAAAGUGCCUGGCUGCAGCAUGUGUGUUGGUCAGGGCGUCGACCAGGCUGCUGAGGGUGAGACAUGGCUGUCUUCGCAGAACCGCAAUUUCAAGAACCGCAUGGGAAGGGGCUCCUUUGCGAAUAUCAGCUCUGCAGCGACAGUCGCCGCCUCCUCUUUCACAAUGAUGAUAUGCAAUCCGCAAGAGCUACUGGACGCCCUCGACAAAGACCGGCUGCUUCAGUGUCUAGACUGGCCGCGUAACAAGUCAGAAACGUCCCCCUCGCUGCCCUCGCUUCCAAUACACUUCUCUGAGCCGUACGGGGGAGACGCUCGCUCGACUGUGGGCUCCAAAAUCCCUGCUCCAACCGCCAACAUUCCACUCAUCCAGGGCAGGGUUCUCGCUUUGGGGGAUUUCGUAGACACCGACCAGAUAAUCCCGUCGCAGUUCCUCGCAACCUGCACGACAGACGAACAGCUCGGCGCCCACUGCAUGGAGUUUGUGAUGCCCGAGUUCCGCGCCCUCGUCCGCGCAGGCCACCAUGUUGUCGUCGCCGGCCGCGCGUUCGGCUGCGGCUCCUCGCGCGACGUGGCCGUCAAUGCUCUCCUGGGCGCGGGCGUCCAGUGCGUCAUUGCCAGAUCGUUCUCCUUCAUCUACGCGCGGAACCAGCCGAAUCUGGGCCUCCUGGGCAUCACAGUCAAAGAUGACGCCUUCUAUACCGCUGCCGCGCAGGGAGAACACAUCACCGUCGACCUGCAGACUAACACUGUCCAGUGUGCGGGAAAGGUCUGGUCGUUCCAGCUCAGCGAUAUGGAGAAGCAGCUUAUUGCCGUCGGUGGACUGACGCAGGCUUUUCACUCUUUUGGCAGGCAGCUUUUUGAUGUCAUUGUUAGUUCUAAUGAGAAUUACAUCAAGAUUAAAGAAUCAAGAUAG